AUGCAAGUCCUUUACAAUAGUUAUGAUCACAUAUUUAGAGAGUCUGAGGAGAACGAUACUAGUUUAGAUCAGAUGAGAGAAUUUUUAGAAUUCUACAAGUUAGAUCAGUACUUCUCAGUUUUUGUUCAUGAGGGGUUUGAUAGACUGUUGUCGUUGUUUGAUAUAACGGAAGUUGAUCUAAUAUCACUGAAUGUAAAAAGAGGACAUAGAAGGUUAUUACAACGUGCGAUUGCAACUGCACGGGGUGUUCCGAUCAGUACACCUAUUAUCAUAACGUACGGCUAUUUACCUCCAUACAUAGGCAGAAGUACUCAAGGUAGCAGCAUUAUGGUUAGUGGUAACAGCAGUAAUAAUGACAAUAGAUUUGCUCUUUUAUCAACAACUACUCCAACAACAACUAUUCUUGAGCGGCCUCAGGAUACAUUAUUGUCCAACACUCAACAACAAUACCUAAUCAAGUCACCGUUUCGCCAUCGUACUACCAGAAGCAGGUCUAAUAGUGUGAAAUCGCAUCCUUAUCAACAAAAGCGACAUCAUAAAAGAAAAACAAAAUAUGUGCCAGCUAGACCUAUCACAGCAUUUGAUGAAUUUGCAAGACGUUUGAAGGCAGAAUUAGGCGAUCUGAAUCUUAAUAGCGAGGAACAAUCUACCUCUGCUGAUUUCAUCAAUUUGGCUUACGAUCGUUGGCAAGAAUUAAGCAAUGAAGCAAAAGAGAUAUAUGAAAGAGAGGCCUUGCUAGCUAAUGCUAAUUUGAAUGUUGCUCGUAGCAGCGGUGAUAUAGGCAGUCAGAAUCAUGACGAUAAACAAAACGCUGAUAUUGACUGGUAUGAUAUUGAAUAUUACCAGCGAAGAUAUCAUAGAAACCGUGAUAGAGCGGGUAGCAGAAAUAGUGGUUCUAGUACUCCUACUACAUCUGACAGCAAUAAUGACCACAUUCAUUCAAAUAUUGAUUCCCGCUUAUAUGAACAGAAAGCAUUCAAUACAACAUUACGCACUCUUACAAUGCGAUUGUAUGCUUUAAUCAACACAGAUUGUUCUGCAACCAUAGAAUUUGAGAUGAACUUGAUAAAAAGAAAGUGA